AUGUACUAUACUUGGCACGCUGUUGGUAUGAUGACGGCGCAGCGCUGGAACAAGCGUGAGAGUUUGUCGCCCAAAGGUACCGCGGUACGGCGGCCAGUACCUCGCGGCCCAGGUACCCGUUACAGACUCCCGAAGGGAACACGCAGAGCACGUAACAAGUACGGCGUGCGCGAAGCAGUUCGUGCUACGUCCACGGCCGCCCGGAUGCGUGACGCUGAAGGAUUCUUGGGGGAUGCGGCCUUUUCGAUGCGGCUGGCGGAUAGGGCUGAACAGGAGCUGGGAGCGCAUCUGAGCUGCUGCUGGGCUCAACCCCCCGUGCGACCCAGACCCAGCGGCCUUGCCUUGAGCAGCGACAGGGUCCAGCGCGAUGGCGGUUAA